GCGCGGACGGCGAGCGGGGCCGACGUCGGCCGGCCUCGGCCUCACUCCACCGCUCUCCGUCUCGGUUCCGGUCGGCCUGAAGGCAUGGACUUUGGUGAUCAUAGACGCAAGCCUAAUGUCGUUGGGAAGUUCACCGUGGCUGCUGCUCUCACGGUCAUGUGCAUCGUUGUGUUGAAACAAUCGCCUGGUUUCAGCAGUACGAGUGUGUUCUCUCGCCAUGAAAUUGGGGUGACUCAUGUGUUGGUAACGGGAGGAGCUGGAUACAUUGGGUCACAUGCUACUCUUCGUCUACUUAGGGAUAACUACCGCGUUACCAUUGUGGAUAACCUUUCUAGAGGGAACAUGGGAGCUGUCAGAGUCCUUCAAUGGUUGUUUCCAGAGCCUGGGAGGCUUCAAUUUAUAUAUGCUGAUUUAGGCGAUGCGAAAGUUGUUAACAAAAUAUUUUCAGAGAAUGCAUUUGAUGCUGUUAUGCACUUUGCUGCUGUUGCUUAUGUUGGUGAGAGUACGAUGGAGCCACUGAGGUACUACCACAACAUAACAUCAAAUACCUUGACAGUGCUUGAGGCAAUGGCAGCACAUAAUGUGAAAACUCUGAUUUAUUCAAGUACUUGUGCAACAUACGGUGAACCUGACACAAUGCCUAUAACAGAAGCAACACCUCAGAAUCCUAUCAAUCCAUAUGGAAAAGCAAAGAAGAUGGCAGAGGACAUCAUUUUAGAUUUUUCUAGGAGAUCAGAAAUGGCUGUCAUGAUUUUAAGAUACUUUAACGUCAUUGGAUCAGACCCAGAGGGACGGUUAGGGGAAGCUCCGCGACCAGAGUUGCGUGAACAUGGAAGGAUUUCUGGUGCUUGCUUUGAUGCAGCGCUGGGAAUCAUUCCAGGUUUGAAGGUUCGAGGAACUGAUUAUCCUACAGCUGAUGGAACCUGCAUAAGGGACUAUAUUGAUGUCACUGAUCUAGUUGAUGCUCAUGUGAAAGCUCUUGAUAAAGCUCAGCCUGGAAAAGUUGGAAUCUACAAUGUUGGCACAGGACAUGGUAGAUCGGUGAAGGAGUUUGUAGAAGCAUGUAAGAAGGCAACAGGAGCUAACAUCAAGGUUGAUUUCCUUGCCCGCAGACCAGGAGACUACGCGGAGGUUUACAGCGACCCAUCCAAAAUCCAUGACGAGCUGAACUGGACAGCCCGUCACACUGAUCUUCGCGAAAGCCUUUCUACCGCAUGGAAAUGGCAGAAAACACACCCGAGUGGCUAUGGAUCGACCUAAUUCAGGGUUCAAUAGAUUCAGACUUCGGGUUUAUGAAAGUUUCCCAACACAAUCACCAGAUUCUCAGCUCCAUGUGCAAAAAUCAUUUAUCCUUCAGAAAAUCGGUUCAGCACAGACAUAGUGACAGGAAAGAAAAUUACUGAUAUUUUUGGCAGAACUUGGAAGAAGAUCCUGUCUUAGGAUCAUAUCAUAUGUAUAGUUUUUUUCUUCGACAUUUUUCCCUAUGCUCCAAAACAUAAUAUAAGAACAGAAUAGACCACAUGUGUUGUAUACAAGCUAGAUAACUCUUAUGUAUGAAGUAUGAACCUUCAAACGUUGAAAGGAUAUGAAUAAAUAGAUGCAUUCUCAUUUA